AUGUUGGCGGUGGACGUUGACAAUGACAAGAUCAAGCACCUUCUUGAGCCACAAGGUGAAGCCUCUCUUCCCUGGCCUGAUCGGAUUCAGUUCCACCGCCUCAACAUCAAGAACGAUUUUUGCCUCGAAGGAGCUGCAACAGGAUCAGGGGCAAGCUUUGGGACAGCAUCUAAAGCGAGAGCAAAAAGUCGCACUAGCCGACGCUAGUCACAUCCUCCUCUGUUGAUGAUAAUGCAAACAGCCUAUUUAGUGCUCAAUGACUACUUGCCAAUUACCAUCAGAUAUUUACUGAAUCACAAGGUUGAUGAUCAAAUUCAUAUUUCAAGUGACACAAUUUCCCCAUUCAGGUGUCUUUCCUUCUGAUAUCUAAUUUGCAUGAAGGUGCUCUGAGAUUCAUAUUAUUGUAACAUUGUGUAUUGACUUUGGGUAGAUGUUUUGUUGGUGUAGAUUUUUGUGACGAAGAAUUUGUAGCUAUUGAUCCAGCAAAUGAGAGUUUUAUUGGUCAUGGCUCCUUAUUAAAUAAACCUAUAUUGAAUUAUUGGAAAUGUGUGUAUUAACAUUUUCCAUCCAAUUUCUGAG